CCGUCACACGUGGUAUGCCUGAACGGAUGUGCACUAUCAACAUGCUCACGUUAUCGUACUCCACUAGGUGAUCUCUAUAUUGACCAGAAAGUGUUUGUUGAUGAGUGUGUGAAUAGCGAUCGAUCGCUAAGGGAAUAUUGUUUUGUAGUGAACGCAGAAUUACGCGAUACGGGUUCAUUCGACAUGAUGGAUUUUCGCAGUGAAGAGGCUGAACAUAGUCUCGAAAUGCAACUACCUUUCAUCGCUAAAGUUAUGGAAAAUCGAACGCCUGGUAGUUACGGUGUUGUGCCGAUACUGGUUGGUUCGCUGUCAUCGUCGAGGCAGACAAAUUACGGUAAAAUAUUCGCCAAAUAUGUCGCCGAUCCAAGGAAUCUCUUCGUUAUCAGCUCUGAUUUUUGUCAUUGGGGUUUGUUUUUGUGA